AUGGGGAGAGUACGAAAGGCAGAAGAGACUGUUUCAAUGAAAAAGAAGAAUUCGGAUCAGCUUCUGAUCGUUUCUGAAGAUCUAUUACUGUCGUCUGUUGAAUAUUUCACUAACGAUCUUGGCACAAUGAAAGAUUUCGAAUCUCUAGGCGCAUUUUCAUUAGAGUCCACCACUUCACGAGUGUGCUACGCUGGUGCAUUCCGACUACUUGUCAACAAAAAUCAAAAUAUAACCUCACGUCGUCUGAGCAAGCAAAACGAGGCAUUCCUGGUGUUAACUGCUGAAAUUCACCCAUGUUUAUUACUCACUUUCCUUUCGGCCAAGAGCCUUUCUAUGCGUUGCGUUGUUGCGAUGAAAAAGUGGUGGGAUUUUUCUUCUGUUAUUACGGAAUCUUUUGGUUUACUAUGUCCUUUCGUUGGGGAACUUACAAGUUAUUCUUUGCGUGAAACGUCUGCAGAUAAGUCAAGUAGGCGAAGCCCGAACGUUGAAAGGUACACAGAGCUUCGUGAACGAGGAAAGCCGAUAUCAGGCGGAUUUGCUAUAAGUGUUGAUAAAAAGCCACAACUUCUACUGGAAUUCGCCAACAUCAAAUAUUCUGUUACAUUUCCGAGAUGGUUUAAACAUCUUCAGUACCAAAUUGACUUGCUCUCCAAUGACGGCAUAGACCACGAUGCGAGUGCUCUGUGCUUCGAUGACGCGGUGGAUGAUAGGAGAUGUGCAACUGACGCGUGCGUGGGUGAGAGGAAGAUUGGAGAAGGAAGCUAA